AUGUCACCAGUGAGCAGCACCUCAGCAGACCACUCCGAUGCCGACUCCGUUGACUAUUCAUCCUACCAGUUCGCCGGGCCGCAGAUACCUACACCCGAGUAUCAGCUAGAUGAUACGAUUGAACCGUCGAUAGAAUACAUGCUUCCCAACGAACGCAGAGCUAUAAAUGCGCAGUACGAGAGGGAGCGCAGAGAAGAGAUGGUCAAUGCUUAUGCAGACUUGGCUGAUGCCGUCGGCGCCAGCCGUACCAUUACCAAGGCGGAACUUUUGGCGACAUCGAUCACACGGCUGCAACGAGCUUCGGAAGUCAAGCAUAGUAGUGACUUGGACUCUCUGCGGCGGUGCAAUAAGAAUCUGGGGGCUCAAAUUGAGAUGUUGGAACGGCGGCUUACAGAAGCCGGCGAGAUUGACACCGCAGGCCGUUUGCCUCAAGAACUCACGGACACGUCGAGACCUGUCAAGAGGAAACGGGACGAUAGCGAAACGAAAGUGGGUGUUCCCGUUCCGAAGCGUUCUCCUCAAGAAUACGAACAACCGUUGGAUCGUACGCUAAAGGGGGACAACAAUGCUGAAGAUCAAGCGCCCAACUGCUCAGUGAAACCAGACUUACAGCCGAUAAAUCCCCUGUUUCCCAGAUCAGCGGCGCCGAUCCAACCUGUUUUGCCAAUUCCGACGACGGAGGGCAGCGUCUUUGACCACCUGGAGCCUGACGCCGAUUAUUCGUCCUUCGCGCUGCCACCCGUGCUUGAUCCUGGAUGCGAGAUGGGCACCGCCGGGUACAUUCGCCACGUGCCACCUUAUACGGAGCAGGUGUACUAUCAUCUUGCGCCCGGCCAGCAGUGCCCGGCCGGUCCCCUUCCAUCGACGUCAUCGUUCAAGCAACACCAGGAUAGCUUCGGCGACGUGACGAAGCAUUCACUCGACCAUGCCUUUUUGCCGGUGGAUCCCUGGCUCCCGGUCGCGGCAACGUCGCACCAGGAUUUGCCAGCUUCGAGAAUGUCACCAGUGAGCAGCACCUCAGCAGACCACUCCGAUGCCGACUCCGUUGACUAUUCAUCCUACCAGUUCGCCGGGCCGCAGAUACCUACACCCGAGUAUCAGCUAGAUGAUACGAUUGAACCGUCGAUAGAAUACAUGCUUCCCAACGAACGCAGAGCUAUAAAUGCGCAGUACGAGAGGGAGCGCAGAGAAGAGAUGGUCAAUGCUUAUGCAGACUUGGCUGAUGCCGUCGGCGCCAGCCGUACCAUUACCAAGGCGGAACUUUUGGCGACAUCGAUCACACGGCUGCAACGAGCUUCGGAAGUCAAGCAUAGUAGUGACUUGGACUCUCUGCGGCGGUGCAAUAAGAAUCUGGGGGCUCAAAUUGAGAUGUUGGAACGGCGGCUUACAGAAGCCGGCGAGAUUGACACCGCAGGCCGUUUGCCUCAAGAACUCACGGACACGUCGAGACCUGUCAAGAGGAAACGGGACGAUAGCGAAACGAAAGUGGGUGUUCCCGUUCCGAAGCGUUCUCCUCAAGAAUACGAACAACCGUUGGAUCGUACGCUAAAGGGGGACAACAAUGCUGAAGAUCAAGCGCCCAACUGCUCAGUGAAACCAGACUUACAGCCGAUAAAUCCCCUGUUUCCCAGAUCAGCGGCGCCGAUCCAACCUGUUUUGCCAAUUCCGACGACGGAGGGCAGCGUCUUUGACCACCUGGAGCCUGACGCCGAUUAUUCGUCCUUCGCGCUGCCACCCGUGCUUGAUCCUGGAUGCGAGAUGGGCACCGCCGGGUACAUUCGCCACGUGCCACCUUAUACGGAGCAGGUGUACUAUCAUCUUGCGCCCGGCCAGCAGUGCCCGGCCGGUCCCCUUCCAUCGACGUCAUCGUUCAAGCAACACCAGGAUAGCUUCGGCGACGUGACGAAGCAUUCACUCGACCAUGCCUUUUUGCCGGUGGAUCCCUGGCUCCCGGUCGCGGCAACGUCGCACCAGGAUUUGCCAGCUUCGAGAAUGUCACCAGUGAGCAGCACCUCAGCAGACCACUCCGAUGCCGACUCCGUUGACUAUUCAUCCUACCAGUUCGCCGGGCCGCAGAUACCUACACCCGAGUAUCAGCUAGAUGAUACGAUUGAACCGUCGAUAGAAUACAUGCUUCCCAACGAACGCAGAGCUAUAAAUGCGCAGUACGAGAGGGAGCGCAGAGAAGAGAUGGUCAAUGCUUAUGCAGACUUGGCUGAUGCCGUCGGCGCCAGCCGUACCAUUACCAAGGCGGAACUUUUGGCGACAUCGAUCACACGGCUGCAACGAGCUUCGGAAGUCAAGCAUAGUAGUGACUUGGACUCUCUGCGGCGGUGCAAUAAGAAUCUGGGGGCUCAAAUUGAGAUGUUGGAACGGCGGCUUACAGAAGCCGGCGAGAUUGACACCGCAGGCCGUUUGCCUCAAGAACUCACGGACACGUCGAGACCUGUCAAGAGGAAACGGGACGAUAGCGAAACGAAAGUGGGUGUUCCCGUUCCGAAGCGUUCUCCUCAAGAAUACGAACAACCGUUGGAUCGUACGCUAAAGGGGGACAACAAUGCUGAAGAUCAAGCGCCCAACUGCUCAGUGAAACCAGACUUACAGCCGAUAAAUCCCCUGUUUCCCAGAUCAGCGGCGCCGAUCCAACCUGUUUUGCCAAUUCCGACGACGGAGGGCAGCGUCUUUGACCACCUGGAGCCUGACGCCGAUUAUUCGUCCUUCGCGCUGCCACCCGUGCUUGAUCCUGGAUGCGAGAUGGGCACCGCCGGGUACAUUCGCCACGUGCCACCUUAUACGGAGCAGGUGUACUAUCAUCUUGCGCCCGGCCAGCAGUGCCCGGCCGGUCCCCUUCCAUCGACGUCAUCGUUCAAGCAACACCAGGAUAGCUUCGGCGACGUGACGAAGCAUUCACUCGACCAUGCCUUUUUGCCGGUGGAUCCCUGGCUCCCGGUCGCGGCAACGUCGCACCAGGAUUUGCCAGCUUCGAGAAUGUCACCAGUGAGCAGCACCUCAGCAGACCACUCCGAUGCCGACUCCGUUGACUAUUCAUCCUACCAGUUCGCCGGGCCGCAGAUACCUACACCCGAGUAUCAGCUAGAUGAUACGAUUGAACCGUCGAUAGAAUACAUGCUUCCCGUACAACAAUACACAGGGGAAAAUCUGAUCGCAAUGUAUUUGUCCAAUAUGAGUCCGCCUACUUACAUAGAUUAA